AUGGCGACUCCCAAUAUCUAUGGGCUCAUCUUUGUCUGCACCUGUGGAGUGAUCAUGGGCAUCGGGCUCUGUGCCAACCUGCUCGUCUUCUCUUUGUUUGCCAAGUACAACACAUUACGUAAGAACCGCCUGGACAUCCUCCUACUAAGCAUGACUCUGGCUGACUUUCUAACCCUGCUGCUCAUCCCCUUCACCAUGUACACUGCUGUGAGCUUAACCUGGCCUCUCACUAACGCCUUCUGCAAGGUCUACCAGUUCCUGCUGGCCUUCAGCCUGGCCGCCAGCACCUACUCACUGUGCGCCGUGUCCAUGACCCGCGCCAUGAUCAUCACCAACCCGUACCAGCCGCCCAACAUGGACCUGGUCAUCCUCAUGUUUGUCUUGGUCUGGGCCCUCAGCUUCUUCAUCAGCCUGCCUCUGCGAAUGUUUGCCACCAAGGAGUAUCUGGGCCCGAGCCUGGCGAACUGCUCCUUCUGCCUUCCAACCAUUCAUGAGCACCACUACCAAGUGAUCCUCAGCCAGUUUGUGCUUUACUACUUUGUUCCAAUGCUAGUCAUCGCCUUCAACUACGUCCGUCUGGCUCUUUUCCUCCACAAGAGCCCUGUAAUGUCAGUGUCCAGUGCCAGAAACACCCGCAGAGCCUCCGUCAUGGUGUUCUUGGCGGCCGCUACCUUCUCAGUGUGCUGGCUGCCCGGUUACGUGCUGGAGCUGUGUGUUUACCUGGGGCUGUAUCGUCACGGACAGGCCUGGGAGAUGUUCUACUUCACCUGCACUGUGCUCCAGUACCUGCACCCCUGCAUCAACCCGGUGCUCUAUGUGCUGCUGUCGAAGCGUUACCGCCACAGGAGGGCAGCCUGGCUCUUCAGCUGCAACAGGAACAGAGUGCAGCCGCAGGUCAAUAGUGUCACUACAGACAGCUUUUGA